CUCUCUUACCUUUUUCAUCCAAUUCCCCAUUGACCCAAAACAAAUUCCUAAACCAAAAAAGGAAAGCAGAGAACACCAGAAAAACAGAAUCCCCCUCCCUCCCUCCAUUUGCACACCUAUGUUUCUUCACUUCCAACAAAUCUGAAACCAUCUCCAAAAUUAAAGACCAAAAACCGCCAUGACCGAUCACCACCAGCGGUUCGGCCAGCUACGGUCCACAUCUGAGAUCCUGAAAAAGUCCGCCGUGCAUUUCACCGCUCACCCUUUCACAUUCCUCUUCCUUUCUUUCCUCCUCCUCUCUUUCCGUUCCUUGGUUGAAUCCGGUUCCCUUCUCCUCAAUUCAUUCAUCGACCGGGACCCUUCUUUCAAAUCCCUCCUUUCUCGCCUCGACCUCCAUCAUUCUCAUCCCCACGCGCGUCUCCACCCUGCUCGUCGCCAAACGCGCCGUCCUUUCCUCCACCUCACGCGCGUCGGCACUCUCGACGAUGGUUUCUUUUCGUCCGACGAUGAUCACCGCGACCGCUCCCUCUUCGGCUCUUUCCCCAAACGCCCCCUCAAUGGCACCCCCGUCAUUCUUUCCAACUUCGGUACUAAAUUGGGGUUUUCGCACUUCGUGGCGGAUAACGGGAUUCUGCUACCGGAAAUUGUUCGUUACGGAGUCAAGUUCAAAACAACGACGUUUGACUACGAAAACAAUGAAGGGGAGCAGCAGGAAGAAAGGAUUGUGGAUUUUCAGUUCGUUUAUAAAGGACUGGAGUUGGGACGCCGUGACGCGGCGGCGCUUUUCUUUCUCGUCAGCUUCUUAUCGGCGGCGUAUGGAUGGGUGAUUUUAGGGUUUACCACUAUUUACUCUUUGGUGUCGGGUGUUCUUUUUGUUACAACCGUUAAUGACUUGAUUGGACGAUUUGUGUCCUUUUUUGGGGCUUUUUGGGAUGGGUCGAAAAUAGGUUUGAAAAGACUCACUGGAUUCGUUUUAAUUAAAUGGGCAGUAAGAGACGCGGUGACUCAGCUUCUUGGAUUCUGGUAUUUCGGAGAAAUUGAGGAUCACUACUCCUUUUUUAAGCUCUUUGUUAGGUUAAAGUUGAUGCCUUUUUCGGUUACGUCUCCAUGGAUUAGGGGUUAUGAGAAGGAGAUUUCAGGGUUUUUGUUUACAUGGUUUCUGGUUGAUACUUUAGUUUCAUUUGCAUUCUCAUUAGCUGCUUGGAUUGCCAUCGUGGAUUCUAGAAGAACCGGGAGGGAAAUUAUAACAGAAGGUUGUUAUUUGAUGUCAACACUGUUGAACCAAGCAAUUCAGAUUAAGUGUUACGAAGCUAUCUCAGGUGGGUCUUUAGCAAGAUGGGUUUUGACUCAUAUAGGUGGGGAAUUUUUCGCUAUGGUUAUUCAGGCAGCUUUGGAGGUAUAUUUCAUGGUGGCUUGGUUGAUAUUUUACUUUGUGGUGAGGUGUAGGGAGGCUAAUGCAGAGGGUAGGAGGUAUGGGAGGAGAGAAUUGGAGGCUUUGAUUGAUGGACUUAGAUGAUACUCAAGUGGGAAAGAAAUGGUUAUUCUUGCUGCUAGAAUUUUCAAUUGUCACACUGAAGAUAGCGGCAACAUUUUCGAACGGUUUUGACUCUCCCUGUUUUGCAGUGCUAGUGAUGCAAUACCACCAUUGUUUUGUGAAAGAACUUGCCAAUGCUUUGCAUGUACUUUUAUCAUGAAGCAAUAUAUUACUUGUGUAUACUUCCACCACAUUGCUUCUUUGUGUAUAUUCUGUUGCAAUCAAUUGUUAUUACUGCCUUGCAGUACUUGUUCCUUGCUGGUAUCAAUGAGAAUGGUAAUCUUUUCUCA